GAAACUUCGUUAUCAUUAUGGAUGCAGAUCUCUCACAUCAUCCAAAGUUUAUCGCACAGUUCAUUGAAAAACAGAAAGAAGGUGGAUAUGACCUGGUGUCUGGAACAAGGUACAGAGGAGACGGUGGUGUAUAUGGAUGGGAUCUGCGCCGGAAACUGAUCAGUCGAGGUGCAAACUUUGUAACACAAGUGCUGCUCAGACCAGGAGCAUCUGAUCUCACGGGGAGUUUUAGGCUCUAUAAGAAAGAGGUUCUUGAAAACUUAGUAGAGCAGUGUGUGUCAAAAGGCUAUGCGUUCCAGAUGGAGAUGAUUGUCCGUGCUAGACAACUGGGCUAUACUGUUGGAGAGGUUCCUAUUUCAUUUGUGGACCGUGUUUAUGGGGAGUCCAAAUUGGGUGGAAAUGAAAUUGUCUCCUUCCUGAAAGGAUUGCUCACUCUUUUUGCCACUACAUGACAUUUGACCUCAUUUGGUUGUGUUUAGUUUUGUGAUAUAUGGUCAGCACUUAUCACUGCAGUCGAACUGGAAUUCAUGCUUUCCAAGUAACAAGUUCAUUACAAUGAGUUAUUUGUCCCAUAUCAGGUUACAGUAGUGUUUGGAUUGCUUGGAUUUACCACUUUCCAUCUUCCAUUUAGUUUGGUUAAUUACCAGACUAUAUGUUGAAAUGUACAUUCAAAUGUUUAAAAAAAAAUCUACAUUUUAAUAAAAAGGACCAAAUUGACAGAAUUUUUUUUUAUAACAAAAAACUCUUACAAAAAUAAAGGGGGUUCCAAAGGGGGAUUUCAUAGCCAUAGCAUAGAACCAUUCUUGGUUCCCCAAAGAACCUUUAGUGAAGUUCUC